AACACUCGCAAUCUUGCCCGCUCAUUCGGUCGAUACCCCGGCCGACGCUUCCAUAGUAUAAGCCUCUCUACUCUCGACCGAAGUUUCUUCCCCUUUCUUCUCCCUUGGUUGCGUAGCCGGCCGUCCUCGCCGGCGAGGUCUCCUUCCCGCUUCAUCUCGUCGUGAUAGAGUGCCGGCUAGGGAGACGAGGACGGAUUCCGGUCUUUCUUGCUCGUUCUUUCGGUGCUCGAUUAGAAAUGAGAGAACAGAGUACUUCCGACGGAACUCUCUCCAUUGAUGAUUUUUAUAUUGCUGCAAAGGCACUUUGUGAACGAUGGAAAAGUGCAAAUUCUACUCUUUCAAAUUGGACCUGGAUACCUUGCAAAAGGAUACCUAUAGGUGUUUCAUAUAAUGACGGAUACCUAUCACUUGAGAAUGUAUACCAUUUAAAUUCGCGCAAGGAUCUUGCGAGCAGUCAUCAAGAGCUCUUUAAAGCAGAACAGCCCGAAGAUAGUGCCACUGUGGUUCAGUUUCCCAGCUGUGUGAUUCAUGAAUAUGACUUCCAUAUCGCUUACAGCUUUUCUUACAGGACUCCGGUUCUUUAUUUUCAUGGACGCCAAUCUGAUGGACAACCUCUGGACUUGGGCGAUAUCCAAAAGGACCUGCCAGAAUACUCACUGAAGCUUUUAAGGGAGUCAAAAUGGACAUUCAUUACAUUGGAGGAUCAUCCUUUUUUGCAUCGGCCUUGGUACAUGCUACACCCUUGUGGAACAAGUGAGUGGAUGAGGUUGCUCCUUUCUGGUGUUCAACAAGAAAACCCUUGUGCUGUUAAUUACUUGGUUUCAUGGCUUUCAGUAGUUGGCCAAGCUGUUGGACUUAGGAUUCCUGCUAGCUUGACAACUAGUUGUUUCAUAGAUUGCUCUUCAUCUUCAAUAGCUUAGGGGCCAUUUGGAGUCACAUUUAUUUCUUAUUUGGAAGAUUUACAUACCUACCACACAAUUCUUUUGUAUUUACAUAUCUAAUACAAAAAAUUCUUUUUUUUAACAUAUAUGCGACCUUGACUAUGUAUGAAAACGGUUAAUCACUUUUUUGAAGUUAAAAUAGUGAUUUUUGUUUA